AUGGUGACACGCCUGUUACUGCGCGUCUGGCCCCAGAGCCAUGCCCUCCGCGCUGGAAGCCCCUGCCGACCACUCAGCGCUGGCCCUGCGCCCAGCCAGUACCUGCAGCGUAGCAUUGUGCCCACCAUGCACUACCAGGACAGCCUACCCAGGCUUCCUGUUCCCAAACUUGAAGACACCAUUAGGAGAUACCUCAAUGCGCAGAAACCCCUAUUGGAUGACAGCCAGUUCAGGAAAACCGAACAGUUAUGCAAGAGUUUUGAGAAUGGAAGUGGAAAAGAACUGCAUGAGCAAUUGGUUGCUCAGGACAAGAAGAAUAAACACACAAGCUACAUUUCAGGUCCUUGGUUUGAUAUGUACUUAGCUGCUCGAGACUCCAUUGUCCUGAACUUUAAUCCAUUUAUGGCGUUCAACCCUGACCCAAAGGCUGAGUAUAAUGACCAGCUCACUCGAGCAACCAACAUGACUAUGUCUGCCAUCCGGUUUCUAAAGACUCUCCGGGCCGGCCUUCUGGAGCCAGAAGUGUUCCACUUGAACCCUGCCAAAAGUGACACUGACACCUUCAAGAGACUCAUUCGCUUUGUGCCUUCCUCCCUGUCCUGGUAUGGUGCCUACCUAGUCAACGCGUAUCCCCUGGAUAUGUCCCAGUAUUUUCGCCUUUUCAAUUCAACUCGUAUACCCAAACGUGGCCGGGAUGAGCUCUUCACAGAUGACAAGGCCAGACACCUCCUGGUCCUUAGAAAAGGACAUUUCUAUGUCUUUGAUGUCCUGGAUAAAGAUGGGAAUAUUGUGAGUGCCUCAGAAAUCAAAGCGCACCUGAAAUACGUUCUCUCCGACAGCAGCCCUGCCCCCGAGUUUCCUCUGGCGUAUCUGCCCAGUGAGAAUCGAGACGUCUGGGCAGGGCUCCGGGAGAAGCUGCUGAGUGACGGCAAUGCCGAGACUCUGCAGAAGGUGGACUCUGCUGUGUUCUGCCUCUGCCUCGAUGACUUCCCCAUUAAGGACCUUGUGCACUUGUCCCACAGCAUGCUGCACAGUGAUGGCACGAACCGCUGGUUUGAUAAAUCCUUUAACCUCAUUGUAGCCAAGGAUGGCUCUGCUGCUGUCCACUUUGAGCACGCGUGGGGCGAUGGUGUCGCAGUGCUCAGGUUUUUUAAUGAGGUGUUCAAAGACAGCACUCAGACGCCUGCCAUCACACCACAGAGCCCACCAGCUGCCACAGACUCUUCGGUCGCUGUGCAGAAGCUUGACUUCAAGCUGACCGAUGCCUUAAAGACUGGCAUCACCACUGCUAAGAGAAAGUUCGAUGAAACCAUGAAAACCCUCACCAUCGACUGCAUCCAGUUUCAGAGGGGAGGCAAAGAGUUCCUGAAGAAGCAGAAGCUGAGCCCUGAUGCGGUGGUGCAACUGGCCUUCCAGAUGGCCUUCCUGCGUCAGUAUGGGCAGACCGUGGCCACCUAUGAGUCCUGCAGCACCGCAGCGUUCAAGCAUGGCCGCACCGAGACCAUCCGGCCAGCCUCCAUCUUCACGAAGAAGUGCUCGGAGGCCUUUGUCAGGGAGCCCUCCAAGCACAGUGCCGGAGAGCUUCAGCAGCUGAUGGCCGAGUGCUCCAAGUACCACGGCCAGCUGACCAAAGAAGCAGCAAUGGGCCAGGGCUUUGACCGACAUUUGUUUGCCCUGCGGUAUCUGGCAGCAGCCAGAGGGAUCCCCCUGCCUGAGCUGUACCUGGACCCUGCGUACGGAAAGAUAAACCACAACAUCCUGUCCACCAGCACACUCAGCAGCCCAGCUGUGAACAUUGGUGGCUUUGCCCCUGUGGUCCCUGAUGGCUUUGGCAUCGGAUAUGCGGUUCACGACAACUGGAUAGGCUGCAAUGUUUCCUCUUACACUGGCCGGAAUGCCCGCGAGUUUCUCAGCUGUGUGGAGAAGUCUUUAGACGACAUGUUUGAUGCCUUAGAAGGCAAACGCAUCAAAACAGCAUCUGGGUAGGUGAGACG